CCAAUCCUAGGGAGCAUUUCAAACUUGAACGAGCCCCAUCGGCCAGAGCAGCGGAGAGGAUCUGGGAAUCCGGCGACGAUGGAUCUCAAGCAAGUUGGGCAUUCGCUCGAUGCGCUCAUCUCCGCCUUCAACUCCCGCAUCGUUGAGCUCCAGGAGCUCGUCAUUGCCCGCAACAUGUAUCCAAGCACUAGUAUGGCCGAUCUCUCGGCCAUGGAUACGACCCUUAAGACGAUGGAGUCACAGAUCCAGGUCAUCAAGGAACGGCUGCAGGAAGAGAGGAAUGCUAUUCCCAAAGCAAAAAAGCUCAUUGAGAUGUCUCGGCGCCAGCAGCGGAUGCUGCAACACAUGCUUGUUCACAAGCCCACGGGAAUGCGUGAGGUCAUUGACCUACCAGAUUCAAUGCCUUCAUGUGAUAUAAUGGACACGCGGGACUAUGAUUUGUUGAGCGAGGCAUCCAAAGUCCAGGGGGAACCAGCUAUGGCGCCACUCAAGGAGAAAAAGGGUCGAAUUUCAGCACCACGUUGGUAUAUCACUGCAGAUGAACUAGACUCAUUGUCAUCUUAUAUGCGAGGGAGGCUAACAUUGGAGAAGGUCAACAUUGCUAUCAAUGAGAUAGCUGUAUACGCAGAAGCGAAUGCUCAACUAAUUACAGCUCCCAGAAAGAAGCUGGCUGAGGAUUCCUGGGAGAAGGCUCUGGAGCUAAGAGAUCUGGCAACUUCUGACACAGUGAAGGGGAAGCUGUUUUUUCUUGAAUCUGACAUAAAAGGGCCAGGACUGAAACUAGACAACACAGGGAAAGCAAUUUUGACGGUUCUUCGUCACCUUGGACGCAUUCAAGAAGCUCGAAUUGGUCAUCACCGAGUGAUAACCCUUCUGAAGCCUCCGCUACAUGGAUAAGCGUCUCUUUGCUUUUUUGUAGUUUAAGUGUGUUUCAGAUGUAGAAAUUGUCUCGCUUGCUGUUAGAUGUGAAGAAUAACAUCUAAUGUCCUCCCUUUCCCAAAAAAUUCAGCUCUUGAACUCCUUUUCCCAAAAA